AUGGCUUCCGACUACGAGCGAACGAUCCUGGACUUCUACCAGCUCCCCACACCAUACCCCAAUGAGUGGCCCGACGAGAAGAACCAGAGCGAUGCAUCCGAUGACGAGGACGCCAAAGACGAGAAGAAGGCCAAAAUGCAGCGCCGAAAGUCGCGGUACCAGGCACUAGAGAGAGCCGUCAGUGAUCGGCGGAGCAUGAUACCUGGAGCCCAGUCAGAAAAGGGAGGUGUCGGUAACAUCGUCCAGCGGGACGAACCCGACCCAUUGGGCACCACUGACAGCGUUGUCAGGACUCUCCGCCAGUUGGGAGUUCCUAUCCAAGAUGAUCCGCGCCUGCGCAACCGAUUCCUACUGUCCUCGACCACCUUCUCUCCCGCCCUGUUCCUGUCACAGAUGCAUGCAACUGCCGACACUCAAAGCUUGUUGGUUGGCUUGGACACCCUGUCUCAGUCGAUUGACCAAAAGUCUGCAUCACUCAAGGUCCUGGUGGAAACCAACUUCGAGCGCUUCGUCAAGGCCAAGGCCACCAUAGAUAAUGUCUACAAGGAGAUGAAGUAUCGCGGCGCCGAGCCACCCCCGCCACCGACAACAGGUCGCGCCCGUGCUCACUCCCGCCAUGCUAGUCGAAGCAGCUUCCGAGGCAGCAUCAGCAACUUGAACCUCGCUGCCUCCCUAGGAUCCCCAACAUCGGACGCGCGCAAAAAGAAUGCGCUGGUUAAGGAAAGCGAAUACGGCGUGGCGGGAAUCAAGGCACCUCUGCUGGAUGUUUCCGCCAAGGCGGAAGAUGUGUGGGGUCCAGCACUGGGAGGCCGUGAGAAGGAGGAGAAUCUUAAGGUCGUGUCUGCGAACAUCGACCAGUUCAAGGACUAUGUCGAGUUGAGCUCGGCGAUUGCCGACAGCAUCAAGCGGAGGGACUACGAGAGUCUUGUGGAGGAGUACAACAAGGCGCGCAAGUUUUCCGACAAUGCCCGGGCUUUGGCAGCGAACCUUUCUACCGAGGCCUCGUCAGACACAAUCUACCAGAUUGUCCUUGCAGCACGCAUGUGGCACGAUGUGGACGAGCAGAUUCAGGCUUUCAAGCGCGACGUCUGGCGGAAGCUCGUUACCCUUCAUGGAGUGUCUAAGUCCGACAAUCUGGGCCAGCAGGAUCAGCACAUGGAGCUAAUUAGCCUACUCCUGGAACUGGGCGUGGACGACAAUCCGAUUUGGGUCUGGCUGCUUAGUCGGUAUGACCAUCUCAAGGGAAAGAUCCAAUCGACGUCUGAUCGUUCCAAAGUCGAGGUCGAGGUAUUGCGACGACGCCUUGCCAAUGCCGACAAGCCCGGCCCGCACACGGUCGCUUCUCAUCUCCGUUCUUUAGGCCGCGCCACUGUUGAGAAUAAGAUUGGAUCUGCCGACUCUGCCGACGUCAUCGAGCUGUGGGAGAAAAUGUUGGCAUUCUUGUCGAGUAUCCUCUCCUCGCAAGGCAUCCUCGGAGAGGUUGUGGACUUUUGGCAGAUCGUACAAGGCUUCCUGGAUGGCAACAUCCAGCGCACGCUUCCCUUGGGGUACAACGGAGAGUCUCAGCACCAUCAUCAAUUCACGGAACAGGGCGCGGACGAUCUACAAAAUGGCACGCUGGAGCUCGUCGAUAUGAUCCGCGAGACAGUGUUUGCCUUCUUCGCAGGUCCACCCCCGGAGGAUAUUUCACUAUUGUUCUCGCCUCUUCCAAUGUCACCAAAGAGCCCGCUAUCCGCCGGUGCCGGAGGCCUUUCGCCCACCGGACCGAGAGAUGCUCGUCUUAAUCUUGACCCUAACAACAUCCCGCCACCGUCACCCAAGCGCGGCGAGACGUGGGAGAAGCUGGCUUUCUGGCCUCCAUGGUCGAACUCGGUCAGCGGUGUUCACUACCUCUCCAAGAUGCUUGCCCUGGUGGGUUCCGGUGCGUCCGACUUGGCAAGCAUCGGCCCGGUUGCCAACGCGCCAGAUGCCAGCGUCCUGGACAGACUCAAGGCACUUGUUAACGUUGCCAGAGAGCGGUGCGUCACUGCUCUUUGCGCCGCAUGGAACAAGGACGCCGAGAACAUCAAAUUCGUCGAGGAUUGGCACCGGUCACCAGAUCUCGGCGACCUGACCCGCAUGCCCUCGAGCUUUUCGGCUUUCGAAGGCGCAUUGCUCGCUGGCAUGCAGAAAAUUCUCUACAUAUCUGAAGCCAUGUCUAAGCCUGGUGCGGGGGAUAUUGUUCUCCCACCGCCUAGCAAACUUUUGCAGAUGGUUAGAAGCCAGUACGUCACGACGCUCUAUAAGGCGUUGAGCGGCAUGGUGGAAAACGCGGAACGAUCUGUCAAGAAGGCUGAUGACGACUGGACAACGGAUGUGGACGGUACUAUUGUCGCCACCGCCGUGCCCGCGCCCAGCGGUGGAAGAGCGACUCUCGAUGCUGGGGAUAGGAACGUCCGCAUGCUCCUUACUCUUAGCAACCUUCAGGCCCUCCGGGCCAAGGUGGUUCCGAGCCUCAACUCGCAGUUUGAGAACGCAUUUUCGGUUAAGCUCAGUGACGAGUCCAAGACAAUCAAGGACGUCCUGGGUCAGAUCGAUGCCAGGCUCUUCCAGUCUUAUACCCGGCCAUCCAUUGAACAGUUGCGGAACAUUGUCCAAGCUGGAGUUACCUCGCCAGAUUGGGUUCCCGAGACUGGCCAGAAGCCGCGUGAAGCGAGACCCUAUGUCUACGAGGCUCUUCUGAGUCUUGUCCUUGUCCACACCCAAGUCUCAACCACCGCCCCUACCCUCACUUCCCAAGUACUCUCCUACCUCCUCGAGCAAACCAGCCGCGAGCUUCUCGAGGCAUUCCGCACACGCCAGAGAUAUACCCUUGAGGCGCUGAUGCAAGCCACCCUCGACGUCGAGUUCGUUGCCCAGACGCUCAGCCAGUACACUACCGACCGCGCAUCACAACUUCAAAGCGAGAUCUACCAGGAGCUCGACGGACGCACCGAUAACGACGCUCGCGCCCGGCUGCAGAGCGAGCUCCCGGAGAUGCGCAGCGUCCUGAAGCGGCUGCGGGAGGCGAGCAAGAAUGAGUUUGCCUGCUUCAGGAAGAUUAAGCGUCCCGGCAUGGGACCUUCGAGGACGGCCACGGGAGAUUCCAUCUCCAGUAUCGGGAAGGGCUAG